UGGGAUUGACGCAUUUUAUGUCAACACUUUCAUUUCGAGAAAAUGGAUAUGCCAAUGAGAGUUACGGUGACUGGUGCAGCUGGUCAAAUAGCUUAUUGUUUGUUACCUUUUUUAGCACGUGGUGACGUUUUUGGGACUGACCAACCGAUUGAGUUAGUGCUUCUGGAUAUAGAAGAAGCACAGACCAGCCUCAGGGGCGUGGUGAUGGAACUAGAAGAUGGAGCUUAUCCUUUAGUGUCAGUUAUACAUUGUACGAGCAAUGUCAGCGAAGCUUUUGUGGAUUGUGAUGUGGCAGUUCUUCUCGGUGCUUUUCCUAGGAAACUUGGCAUGGAAAGAAGAGAUCUUCUCCUUCAAAAUGCAGCUAUUUUUAAGGAACAGGGUGAGGCAAUUCAUAAGUAUGCAAAGAGAAGUGUUCGUGUUCUUGUAGUUGGAAAUCCUGCCAACACGAAUGCUGCUGUAUUAGCACAUUUCGCUUCGGCUAUUGACAAGAAACAAAUAACAGCAUUGUCCAGACUGGACCAAAAUAGAGCAACUAGUUUUAUCGCCAAUGAGCUCAAGGUAUCACCUUCUGUCGUAAAAAAUGUAUUUGUUUGGGGUAAUCACUCUAAUACUCAAUAUCCAGAUUUAUUUCAUGCAGUGACAAAUAGAGGACCGCUACCAGACUGGCUCCGAGAUGAAAAUUUUUUACGUGAAAAGUUUAUUCCAAUUAUUCAGGAAAGGGGAGCUGCUGUAAUAAAGGCCCGAAAACUUUCAAGUGCAAUGUCAGCAGCAAAUGCUGUUGCAGAUCACUUGCGGGAUUGGUUUGCUGGUACACAAGAUGUUGUCAAUAUGGUAGUAUGUAGUGAUGGUUCCUAUGGUAUCAGGAAAGGGAUAUUUUUCUCGUUUCCUUGUUAUUGUUAUGGAAAUGGCACUUUUGAAAUAGUUCCUCACUUUCCAUGGGAUGCAUUUGGUGAUCCCUAUAUACAAAGAACAAAGCAGGAGCUGUAUAAAGAAUGGGAUCAAGCGUUUGCUACAUUAUUACCAAAAUCAAGUUUGUAACAAAUAGUUCUCCAAAAACUUUUCAUUUAAUAGAAAAUUUUGGGUGAAUGAAGGAUUUUACAACUUUUUCUAGUCUUUUCUAGUACACAGGUUUAUUGCAAUUUAUCCUAGUGUUCUCUGCAUAUGAUUCCAAGUCCUACACUAAGAGAUGUCUUUUGAUAAAAUUGAUUGAUAAACU